AUGCGCAAAUUUCAGAGUUUGAUUUGGUCCGUCGGACCAGCCCUCGAGAUUCGUGUAGAUCUGACGGACCUCCACGUCGAUUCGAUGGAACGAGAGUGCCGGCAGGGGGGCUUCACUGAGAACGCCCUUUCGGAUUUCCUGGAGAAGUGCACGCGGCUGGAGGGACUUCAUCUUCAUUGCCAGUCGAAUCUGGCCGCCAUUCCCGCGUCAAUCGGCAGCCUUUCGUCACUCAAGAGCCUACACAUCGUCGACAGGGGCGAAAUCGCUCGCCUUCCAGACGCGUUCACCUCGUUACAGGCACUCGCGCAUGUUGUGAUUGAAAUGCGCGGCCUGGUUGAACUGCCUCAGGGCUUCGGCAAUCUGAGGCGGCUCAAGACGCUCCGUCUGAACGACUGCAUGCGUCUCAGUUCCAUUCCCGAUUCCUUGGGGCAGCUUAGCGGCUUGAUGAAACUUUCCUUCAGCGGGUUCGAGAGGCUUCAGCUGCCCGAAUCCAUCUCCAAUCUUUCAUCACUGCUGACCUUCGAAAUCUUCAACGGCCUCAUCCUUUCACCGCUGACCGAGGGGUUCGGGAACCUGCCGGCGCUUGAAACCCUACGUUUGGAGUAUGUGGGGGGCAUCGCAGAUCUGCCCGAGAGUAUCGGGCAGCUGCCUUCUCUAACGGAUCUUAUCCUCGUCUGCCGAACACUCCAGCAUCUGCCUGACAACCUCGCUCUUCUGCCACGCCUACGCACGCUCAAGCUAUACGUUGGAACUGCCGUGCACCUGCAUCCCUCCGCAUACCUUGCCACCACACUCAAAGAACUCACGAUUGAAGAUUCUGCAACUCUACAUUCUCUGCCCGAGGAAUUCGGGCAGUUGACUGCCCUAGAGGCCCUUCGCCUGGUUGACCUUUCUGAGCUCCACGGCCUGCCCGCGUCGCUUGGCAGCUUGACGAGCCUCAAGGAGCUGAGAAUAUCCCAUUGUCCGGCGCUGGCGCAGCUUCCAGACGGCCUGAGCCUGCUAUCUGCUCUCGAGCUGCUGGACAUCAGUCACUGCUGCAAGCUAGCGGCGCUACCGCAGGGCAUGGGGGAUGGCCUGCAUCGCCUGCGCAGACUGAUUCUGGCCAAAUGCACAGCUCUCGCCCACCUCCCUCCAUCCUUCUCCGGCCUCUCCUCCCUCGAAACCCUAGAAAUUAAUGACGCAACCAGCCUAGGCACGCUACCAGAUGCGUUUUCCGACUUGACAAACCUUAAGGAGCUCUCUCUUUCCUUCUUACCGCACCUGUCCGCCCUGCCUGCCUCCCUCCCUGCCAUCGGCCGUUCUCUCACCAAGCUCGAGCUGCUCAAAUGCCCGCAAAUUACGGCGCUGCCGAAGGAAAUCGGACGGCUGGGAGCGCUUGAAAGACUCACGCUCUACAGUCUACCCAACCUGAAGUCGCUCCCUCGCUCGCUGUGUCAGCUGCUGCAUCUGAAAAAACUGCAACUGAAAUACUGCAACGCACUGCAGUCACUGUGUGGAGAGGAAGACCAGGGAGCCGCAUCGCAUGGCCGUGGGGCGGGAAGCACCCGCCUCGAGAUACCUGGUCACACGGGUAGCAGCAAUGCCGCUGGCAGCUGUUUGGGAUCCGAGGAGAGUGGCACGGGUGUGUCACACCCAUCCCUCAAGGUUCUUCAAAUAUGGGGCCUUCCAGUGCAGCUGCUGGCUCCAUCACUGGGUUACUUCUCAUCCGUAACCUUCCUGGAUAUCACGCAAGUGGGUCCACUACGGUGCCUUCCGGAUUCCAUCGCUUGCCUCUCUCGCUUGCAGUCACUAACGAUCAACUAUAUUGACAGCCUGCUUACUCUGCCAGAGUCAAUAGGAAAGCUUUCAGCGCUCACAUUCCUUGGUAUUGAUGGUCUCGCAAGCUUGACGGAGCUGCCUAAGUCGCUCGGGCAGCUGAAGAAGCUUCGGGUUCUUAGGAUUGAGCAAUGCUGGGGCCUAACCAGGCUGCCCGAAUCCUUCGCUGAUCUCUGUAGUCUGCAGCAAUUUCAUUUGAAGGAUGUCGGAAUCUCGUGCCUUCCGGAUGACUUCUGGAAGCUCUCUGCUUUGAAAGAACUCUGGCUCGCGUCACUUUCCAAACUCCGCAGGCUGCCCGAAUCUUUUGCCCAGCUGCCCGCGCUGGAGAAGUUGGAAGUGUUCGAAUGCAAGCUGCUGACUCAAUUACCCUCGGGCCUUGGGCAGAUGCGGAAGCUGCAGGGAUGCAUUGUCACUAGCUUCCAUCGGCGGGAGCCAAAUGCAAGGUCCGUGAUUCACGCAGCGAGGCUGGACGAGGGAGAGCGCGUGGUGGAUGACUCGCAGGUCGAGGAGGAGGAGGAAGCGGAUGAGUCGGAGGAGGGAGAAGAUGACUCGGAGGGAGAAGAUGACUCGGAGGGAGAAGAUGACUCGGAGGGCGAGGAGGAGGAGGAGGGAGAAGAGGAGGAGGAGGGUGAGGAUGAGGAGGAGGGCGAGGGUGAGGAGGAGGGUGAGGAAGAAGUGGAAGUCGGGACUGCGGAGGAGGAUGAGGGGCGUGAAGGCGAAAGGGAGGGAAGAGAGGGGAACGAAGGGGAGGGGAGCGAAGGGGAGGGGAGGGAAGGGGACGGGAAUGAGGGGGAUGAGAACAAAAGAGAGGGGAGAGGAGGGGAGGGGAGCAAAGGGGAGGGGAACGACGGGAAUGGGGGUGAUAGGGAGGGGAGCAAAGGGGAGGGGAACGAAGAGGAGGGGAUCGAAGGAGAAGGGAACAAAGGAGAGGGGACCAAAGGGGAGGGGAACGAAAGGGAGCAGAGCAAAGGGGUGGAGAGCGAAGGGGAAGGGAACGAAGAGGUGGGGAGCGAAAGGGAGGGGAACGAAGAGGAGGAAGGGAAGGGUAAUAACGGGGAGGUGAACGAAGGGGAGGGAAGCGAAGGUGAGGGGAGCAAAGGGGAGCGAAGGGAGAGGGAGCACAGGAGAGGGGAGUGA